UCGACGUCUUCUGAAGUUUUCUGACUCUUUUUGUUUAUUUGUGCUCUGCUGUGUAAGGUCCUAUAAUGCCUAAUUAUUGCACUGUGUGUAGGAACAACUCGAUACAAAACAGCGAGGUGUCUUAUUUUUUAUAUCCGAGGGAUUUGGACAAAGCACGAGAAUGGCUGGAAGUCUGUGACCGUAAGGACCUGCUUGAUAGAUUGGAAUACUUGAAACGAAAAACGCAGAGAAUUAAUUACAAAAUCUGCGAAGAACACUUCGAGAGCAAGUUCAUAAAGUUGUCCGGCAACAAGAAAUGUUUAACUGAAGACGCGUUUCCAACGCUAAACCUCCCUGGAUCAGAGAGCAGCGUCAGAAAUAGAAAUGAAGAAGGUCUUGGUAAAACAGGGAAGAACAAAUAUCAAAAUUCCAGCUUUAAAGACGCUCUGGGUGUCAUAGAGUUCUUCACAAGUUUAGGUCGUACGGCUCACUCGUUCCCCGAAGACGUGCAAAUCCGAGUCAAAGGGGAGAUAUUUGAAGUUGUCAACCAAGCUGAGAUAGAAGUACUGCAAAGAAAAAUUAAAUCUAACAACCAAACAGAAGUGCCAACAGCAAUUAAGGAACGGUUAGGCAGUUCGUCACCGUCUAGCAAUCCUGUAAAACCGUCUACAAAGUUGAUAGCUCCUCUGGAAGUCAGUCAGUUGCAGAAAUGUGAAAGAUCUGAUGGUAAUACUGAACUCGAAGUUGUAGUUCUAAAAACAGAAGUCAUAGACGAAGAGUACGGAGUAAGAGAGUGCUAAAAUACCUAAUGUUUAUAAGGAGUAAAUUAUCUGGAAAGGCAGAAGUCCAAAAAAACACAGGGCACCAUUGAAAGGUGAUGUAAAUAAAGACCACUUCUCGCCAAAAUGUAGCGCCCUUCUCAAUGUUCGAUGGAGCGAUUUCACAGGCAGUCGUCAAAUUCUUGAUUGAUCAAGUUCGACAUUUGGUAAUGUGGCUGGAAAGUGGGAGAUCUUGUGGCACUCGACUUCUUUCCAGCAGUGGGCGGUUAUUAGCAGAAAUUAUGAAGAUGAUUGCGGGCAGCGCAAGAUGUGCAAUCGCAGCUUUGUGCAAAUCCUUUGGGAAGGCGUUCGUCCAGUCCAGCAGGUGGUUGAAACAAACGAAUUUACGAAGAAUAAAUUUGUCAAUCGACAGCACGUCACACUUCAAAGUAGCGAAAUAGCACCGAAAGUGAUAUCAAGACCAUUUUAAUUAAUUCUUUUAUUUAAUGAUGCUUUUAACUUAAUUAUAAGUAAUAACAAGAAAAAAUACCAAUAAAUAAAACUUUAUUUAACGAUUACUUAAAAUGCGAAUUUGUAUAACAAUAUUAUUUUGUAAUUUAAAACAAACUGUAAAAUUGAUUAUGUCCAUUACAACCAAAUUAUAUUAUUUUUUGUUUGUUAUUCUUCCAUUACCGGAAAACGCAGCGUGGGACGUCCACCCACAAGGUGGGCCGACGACAUCAUAAAGGUAGCAGGGAAGCGCUGGACGCAGGCCACUACCAAUCGAUCAACAUGGAAAGCAUUGGGAGAGGUCUAUGUUCAGCAGUGGACGUCCUAUGGCUGAAAUGAUGAUGAUGAUUCUACCAUUUUGUAAUAAUGAAAUCACUUAGCAGAUAAAAAACAAAACACAACAUAUUUUUAAAAUAACUUCAAAAUAUUUUUAAAAUUGCUGUCACAAACAUACUUAAAAGAGGUAUGUACACAAACUAACAUAGCAUCUCCUCUUCUUUGGAAGUUGGUUAAAAAUAAAUCUCAGGUGUACUUACAAGCCUAAUAAAUCAACAAUUAAACAGUAUUACCAAUAAAAAAAUUGCUAACUUAUAAUAAAUGUAUGUACUUUUGAUAACAAAGUUCUACUAAUCUACUUAAGUUGCACGGACUUUCAUGAGUUGCACAAUUUGAUAAGUGUAGGUAUCCCUCCCUAUUCACCGUGGCUGGCAAAGAAGCCUUGAUCACACGUACCGAGUAAACGGG